CUGGAAGGUAACACAUCUAUCCACAGCUGCCUGCUGACGUUUUCACUAAACACGUUGUCAACAGCAGGAGGAGCUGGGAGCCCUGAUCAAGAGCUAUUGGACUCAUCACUGAAGCACAGAGGAAUCAUGAACUGACUGGUUAUUUUGCUAGUUAACCUCUCUUCUGUUUUACAGCACGGAAUGUCAUGGUGCUCUGGGGAAGGGCCACCUUGAACGGAAGACACCUGUGGACACCUGUAGAUUACAAUGGAGACCCUGCCAGUAGGUUGGACUGUGCACACAGGUGACCAGAAGGGAGAUGGUGCGCAACUGUUAAAUGGAGGAGUCACUGACAGCAACACAAACACACAUGUCCAUGAUCUGUUUCAUGAAGAUGCACAGGGCUUCCAGCAGUCUAGCCAGCCAUGGUGGAAGAUCAAGUUGUUCGUGUGGGAACCGGUGCUGUUCGGCACCUGGGAUGGAGUUUUCACCACCUGCAUGAUCAACAUUUUCGGUGUAGUUUUAUUCCUGCGUACCGGCUACCUGGUGGGGAACACAGGCGUGCUGCUUGGGAUGCUCCUGGUCUCCUUGGUCGUGCUGGUUGCUUUAGUGACGGUGAUGUCGGGGAUCGGAGUGUGUGAGCACUGUGGGGCUGGCAGUGGAGGAAUCUACUCCAUGAUCUCCACUGUCCUGGGUGGCAGGGUUGGGGGCACAGUGGGCCUCCUUUAUGUGUUUGGCCAGUGCGUGGCAGGAGCCAUGUAUAUCACGGGUUUCUCUGAGUCGGUGGCGGAGCUGCUGGGUCUACAAACUCAGUGGGUGGUGCGUGGCAUGUCGGCGGUGGUGCUGCUGGCCCUGCUCGGAAUCAACCUGGCUGGUGUCAAGUGGAUUGUCCGGCUUCAGCUGCUACUGCUGGCUGUGCUGGCUGUCUCCACACUGGACUUUGUCAUUGGCACUUUCACGCACCUUGACCCAGAGCAUGGCUUUGUUGGUUAUUCAGCUGAUCUGCUCAGCAGCAACACAAAGCCAGAUUACAGCCUGGGAGAAAACUUCUUCACAGUAUUUGGGGUUUUCUUUCCUGCUGCUACAGGGGUAAUGGCAGGCUUUAACAUGAGCUCAGAUCUUCAGCGGCCUGAACACAACAUCCCUGUGGGAACGCUUGCAGCUGUCUUCACCUCGUGGUUCCUGUAUCUGGUCUUUGUCUUCCUCCUGGGGGCCAUCUGCACCAGAGAAGCUCUCCGCUAUGACUUCUUGAUAGCAGAAAAGGUCUCCUUGGUGGGUUUCCUCUUUCUGCUGGGCCUCUACAUCUCCUCCCUGGCUUCCUGCAUGGGCGGCCUGUACGGAGCACCUAGGAUCCUCCAGUGCAUUGCCCAAGAGAGGGUCAUCCCUGCUCUGGCCUUCCUGGGAAGAGGGAAAGGCCCAAACAGGACCCCAGUAGCUGCGAUCUGUCUGACCAGCCUGCUGACCAUGGCCUUCAUUUUCAUCGGCCAGGUCAAUGUACUAGCUCCCAUUGUCACAAUCAACUUCAUGCUCACCUACAGUUUCAUCGACUACUCUUACUUCAGUGUGGCCAUGACCUUCCAGCUGCAGAGCAAAGAGAAAAGGGACACCCUCAUCCUGGCUAAAAGAAACCAGCGCAGGUCCACCAGCCAGAGCUCCAGGCCGCUUAUUGAAGCCCCUCUCCCGAACUAUGGGACUGGAGGCGAGAGUCCGCAGUGUAAAGGCACUUUGUUAGAGUUCACCAAAGACAUGGAUCAGAUCUUUCCACCAGACUCCAGGGCUGAGAAGACCGCCUCCAUGCGAGAGCUGAGCAACCAAGGCAAGAGCAGAAAGGCUACAGCUAAGCAGCAGCUCAUGGACAGUUUUGGUUUGGACCUGAACAGCAAUAUGUUCUCAGAAGAGAAAGGGGAGGAGAUAAGUUCAGCUCCACCAUAUGAGGAAGCUGUGGAGCAGAGUGGAAGUGGGGAGCUCAGGGCUGGAGAGGAGCCACCAGUCCAAUGUACAAAACCAUGUCAUGUUAAACAGGACCCUCACAAUCACAGCACAGGUAAAGCAGAACAACAGAGCUUUGAAAUCAAACCUGUGCAGGAUUCAUUCUAUACAAAAUUCUGCAACCACUGGAUUGCUCUUAUUGGGGCAUUGAGCUCCAUACUGAUCAUGUUUGUUAUCCAGUGGGUUUAUGCCUUGGCAAACAUAGUUGUGGCUUUGCUGCUUUUCUUCUACAUUGGGAAAACAAGUCCUGGACUACCUUUAGGUAUUGCAGCGCGAUUCAGCUUUUUUAGGUGGCUCAAAUCAGCACUGAAUAACAUUUUAAGGGGAAAAAGAACUCCCCAAGAUGAGAUUGUAGUGACACCCUCUCUGUCUGGGGUUGGGCUGAAAACCAGGCAGCUGACAGAGGAAAAUGCUGACUUUGCCUCACGUCACCGCUAUCACCAAUCCUCAUUCAUCGGGGCCGACAAGAUGGUGCAACCACCACUCCACUCAAUGAAUUAAACACCGCCUCAUUUAGAUGUUGUAGCUGACAGCCCGAAACCACAUUUUCUGCCUCAAACUGUGUCUCAUGUUGCCAUUUGGGCAGAGACAUUGAGCUGCUUUGAUCCUUUUCUUGUGGUGGAGGAAAUCCUUUUUUUAGAGUUGUAGAGUAUUUGUGUGAGAGAGUUGUCUCAGGACUUUAUUAAUUUAGCUGUAGUUGGUAGUAAACUGAAUUAAAAGUAAAAAUAGUUUGUCUUAAUGUACUUACUUUGACUGAAAUAUCAGAACCUGUGAAACUCUCCACUGUUAUUAGUUUUAGGUUUUUUUUUUCUACUGCUGGGUCACUUCCAAGAAGUCUAGUCCCCACAGUGCUCAUAUGGCAUUAAUAUCUUGUGUUAUGGUUUGAUUAAAAUAUGUAUACUCACUUCUGCAUGGCUGCAGUUAAUGGUUUGUUGGCAAAGUUUCUAGCAAACCUGCUUUUGAACUACCUAAGAAUGACAAUAUUGUUACACUCAUCACCUCAUAUUUGAUAUUCAAACAUGAUUUUCAAAAUAAAACAUACAUGGCA